CGAACUUCGGAACACUAGCUGUCUUGAAGUUCUUGACAAUGAACUGGCUAGUUUCGUUUUCUCUGGCGCAGAUCACCGCUACCUCUGCUGUACUAGGUUUUAUUCUUGUCAUCCUCACGAUUUUGAAGGGAUUGUUCCCAUAUCGAGAGCAUAUUCGGCAGUUUUUCGAAGACAGAGGGACAUUUCUGAAGCUCGCGGAGACACUUCCGGGUCCACCGACACUACCGCUCAUCGGAAAUGCCUUCGCCAUCAGGGACGGCGACAGGGCCAUUUUUACUCUGUCUAAAAUUAGUCGGGAAAUGAAUGGAGUGACGUUUAGGUUUUGGGUGGGACCUCUCCUAAAAGUUGUGGUUCCUGAUCCUCAGGAUAUACAGAUUCUUAUUACAUCCUCAAAAGCCGCUAAUAAGGAUGAUAUCUACAAGUUGAUGGAGCCUGGUAUAGUUGGCGCUCUCAUAAAUGCUAAUGGUGCUAUUUACAAAGCUCACAAAAAAUUGAUACAACCCAUGCUCAACGGUAGUCUGGUGAUAGAUAGAUUCACAAAAUUAUUCAAUCUGAAGUCUCAGGCACUCGUCAAACAACUCGAGGCGAAAGUCGGUGCGGGAGAAUUCGAUGCUCUUGAUUACCUUCCCUUCUGCAUUGGCGAUAUCACCUUUGAAACAUUACUUGGACGUUCGGCACUCCUAGAUAACGGAGAAGUGACUCCAUUUCUCAAAGAAACCCAAACAGCUUUACAUGCUACUACUCAUCGAAUGGCGAGACCAUGGCUCUAUCCCUACUCCAUUUUCCGUCUUACUAAACUAGGAAGAGAGUACGAAGAAAUAAUAAAAAGAGCUCACGAAUUUAUGGACACUUAUAUUUCUGAGGCAAUGAAGAACUACAAACCUGCGAAGGCAGAAGAUCUCGUUAAUCUGCCUACAUUACAUUUUCUCGUUGAUCACAUGAUGAAAACUAAGGAGCUCACGCCGGCGGAAAUUCGAUACCAGUUGAUCAAUCUUUUCCUUGGAAUAUUCGAGACUUUAGAAGGCGUAGCGUGUCUUACGGUCUUGAUGAUAGCUAUGCAUCCCGAAGUUCAAAAAAAAUCGAGACAAGAAGUGCUCACUGUGAUGAAAAACGAGACUAUGAAUGAAGCGGAAACAAAACAAUUACAUUACGUCGAUAUGGUAAUUCGAGAGACGAUCAGACUCUUCCCUGUGGGGCCGAUUUUACCCCGGAAAACCACCGCCGAGAUCAAACUCAGUACCUGCACGCUGCCUAAAAAUUGUUCCAUAAUGAUGCUACCCUUCGCAGCGCACAGAGACCCAAAACACUGGAAUGAACCGGACAAGUUCAUCCCCGAACGUUUCACUCCAGAAAACUCGAAGGAUCGUCAUCCUUUCGCAUACGUUCCUUUCAGCGGGGGUCCAAGGAGUUGUGUGGGGCCCCGGUAUGCCAUGGUACUACUAAAAGUCAUGGUCUCACACCUUCUCCGAUCUUAUGAAUUAACAACGACGAUGAAACUUGAGAACUUGCGGUUAUUCACACACGUAUCAACACGUUGUAUUGAUGGGCAUAAGAUAUAUAUCGAAAAAAUUAAAUCGUGAGAUUAUAAAUGAUGUGAUGUUUUGUUGUAUGGCCUCGUUUGGACGAAAAUUUUGUAUUUUAAAAAGACUCUCCCUCUUUCGAAAGGUCACAAUAUUUCACAUUGUCUUGUGAUGAUCGAAUUACAAAGAAAAAAAGAUUACUAAUGCGGUAAUCAUCUUGUUGCUAGAACGAAACGAUCUUAGGAAUCAACCAGAAGAAACGGAUAUGAGGAUCAAACGAAAAAGUGGAGAAUAACGAUUAUGAGGAUCAAAUAAUUAUGAGAGGCAAAUGGGAAGGAUGAACAAAGCGCUCUUACGAGUCAAAUGGAAAAGUGAUCCGACGGUUACCGUAUCGGUAAUCUUUCUUCCGCAUGUGCUUGUCGAAAGUAUUGAUAUUCAUUAUGUGGAUUAUAAGUACUGUUUGUAAGCUGGAAAUGAAAAUAUAAUUUUGCAAUCGA